AUGAUCUACCUCGUUGCCUGCAUCCUCGAGCGACUGUUUGGCCCGGACACGAUCGACGAGAUUGAGGCAAUCCGUGGUGACUUGACAAUUCCUGAAAUCAUUGAUGGAGUAUCGAGGCCAUCUGCUGAACAGGUGUCUGGCGCACCGGCCGCAGUGGUAACCCCAGUCGCCAUGUCUGGCGUCACGCCUGCCUCUGAUGAUGUGGCCACCCUAAACGGCGGCGCUGAGACAUCUGCAAGUUCUGUGCAUACUGCAGCCAAUGGCGCACAGCCUGCGCCAUCAGGGUCGAUUUCAUCCAGUUCACUGUUUGCCCAUUCGGCCGCCCCUUCCGCAUCAAGCCUUGGCAAUGCUCCAUCCAAUGUCCCCUCAGCACCGGCACCAAAGCCUGUGACCUCCGCGUUUGGAAACCUUCAAUCGACGCCGAAUGCGUUCGGAUCUUCGACUGCAUUUGGCGUGGCGGCUUCCACAUCUGCGUUUAGCAGUAGCACCAGUGAAUCGAAGUCAAAUUUCGCCACACCUUCAGGAUCGUCAAGUGCUCCUACAAGUAUAUUUGCUGCAUCGCAGCCAGUCGCCUCUGUUUUCAAUGGUCCGAUAUUCCCAUCGUCGUCCAGUAGCCCUUUCCCUGCUGGCUCGUCAACCGUUUUCGGUCCCAGCAAGCCGGCCGCGCCGAUUGUCUCCAGCGCUGGCAGCUCCAAUCACAAUACAUUGCCAUCAUCUGUGUCACAACCUUCAACAUCCCUGAAUCCUUCUGCUCCUAUGUUUGCACCCGCGUCGGCGAAGCCUCUAUCUACUACUACAUCCAACCUCUUCCCCACUACCCACCAAUCAUCUGUUCUUGCGACUCCACUCGCACCUGCUGCGAACAAUAACUCUUGGCCGACGGCCCCGCAAAUCCCUUCAUCUGCAGCGACAUCCCAGCCGCUCGCCAGUACAUCUAAUAUCUUCUCCCCACAAGCGCCGCAAUCUACCCAAAGUCAUCCUACACCCUCAACGUCGAAAGCUCACGACGAGAAGGCGUCACCCACGCCGUAUACCCCUCGUAUUGUCGAUCGCUCACAAACGUUAUGGGACGUCCCAGGCGACCCUUCCCUUCGCAAGAAAGCUGCUCGAGAUCAGCUGCAGCUAUCAAUAUCGGUUGCUGGAAGUUCGAGCGAUGUACAGUCCGCUCCAUCUCCUGUAGCGCCUCCGCCAUUAGGCAGGAUCCAACCUUUGUCCCUUCCCCCCACGCCGACUGAACGGUCCUUUGAAACCAUCCCUCAAUCGGCUUCGCGCAAGUUGAGCCCUCAGAAAAAGAAGUCGCUGUUGGGCUUUUUUGCACUCCAACCGACAUCUCCGACUUCGGCUGAGAUACUCAGCCCCCUUCAGCUCAGUUCGCCAGGUGGCUCUAAGCUUUUCUCUGCACCAGAGAAUAGUCCAACGCCACAACAGCGGGCAGGAUCACCGUCUGUUCUUGUUGAAUCGCCGACUCGUGCGACUAUUUCCCAGUCUGCCUCUGACGCGACAAGGCGCACACCUGCCAGGCCCAAAACCAAUGCAGAGAUUACUAUCUUGAACACGCGCGCUGCAGAAUACCGAAACGGACAUCCUUUCAGACUGUUGAGGAUGGCAUGGAGGGCCUGGUUCAGGAGGAGCACCGGUAACGGUUUAACCCCUGACCAGUACUUCGCGAGAAAUGCCGCCUGGAACGAAUCAUGCAAUCGCAGCAUACAGUACGCCGAUAACGUGCAACGUCAGCGGAUGUCCAGCAGUUUCAGCACAGGCUCCAUAGCCAGCAAGCCUCGUCAAGAGCAGAACAAGCGAAGACGCGUCUCUACCAUGGAGUCGUCGCAGGCCAAGCGUAGUCGGCGUCGAGUGGCCGGCAUUAAUGUACAACCAUUAAACGACGAGGACUUGCUCCGCCGGUUGAAAGAGGUGCAGCGUUUAUUCUUGUCGCUUGACGGCGAUCUUGCGCGCAUCCACAACCACGAAGAACAUAAGCGACGAUGGGCACAGGGUUCUUUCCUACGGUCCAUACGGAUCCGAGUCCGGAGCUCCAGUCCAAAAGGCCGUCCACACAUCCAGUGGCGUACUUGGCUAUCAUUGAAUCCCGAAAACGACGGGACUGCGAUUUGGCUGGAACACAAGUUUGAUGUACCGUCCUCUGGGUCUUGGGAUUCUGAGACUGUGUUCUCAAUCCCUGCGAUACCCGAUCCGAAAGGAGUGCGCUCACGAGGUUCACCCGGUCUCAUUGUCUUCGAGCGCACACCACUAGAGGACCUGCCCGACGAAAUCGAGAGGAAGUACCGUAUCCUUGACGAUUGCUCGCGCCUGCGUGACAUCAUCGACAGUCUACCUCAGGACGAAGAUCUCCGCUUCAUACCGUCCUUACUCGUCAUUGACUGGGUAGACAGCUCGGAAGGGUCCCAGGCAGCUGUCGACUUCGUGACUAUGACGGAGAAACUUGUUUCCGACGGUAUCAUCAAGGGUGUAUCUACCCUCACAGUCUCCACCAAGAUGUCCGAUCCGGAUGGAAAGAUGGUCGAUAUUCUGAAUUCGAUGCCCCUCGAUGUUGAAGAUCGGUUUGUCGUCAGCAUUUCUUGGGAAGACCUCACAAAUCGCUUCCUCUUACUUUUCAAGGAGGCGGUUUCGGAAUGGUUGGACAGUUGCUGGAACGGCGACAAACGUUAG